UACCUUGGAAAGUAGGGCCUUGUCCUGCAACUCCCUUGCUGCUGGUGCAAAAGCCUGUGCACGCAUUGGUGGCAUGGAGCUAUUCCAGGGCAUGUCUCGGGAUGAGUUGACAAAGAAGUUGCAGGAAACCCGGGUGCUUCUUGCGGCGGCAAAGCAGCAUCGUCAAUCUAAUUUCCAGCCAGUCCCAGUCAAGACGGAGCCAGGGAAAUCAGCUACUCGAGCUGAGGGGCUUCUUCCAGCAGCUGAGAAACCCAAUACUCCGAUGAUCUCAGCUCCUAUGGGGGGAAGUGCCAGUCAGCCAGACGAAACCAUCCCUGCUGAUACGCAAGAGAUUCUCUUGACUAUGGCAUCUACCCCAAAGACGGCUUCACAUGCAGAAUCUUCACCGGCCCCAAAGCCAUCGUCAACCCCAAGCAGCUGCAGGCCUCCGUCCUCAUCGCCGCCUUCAAGUGCCAAAGCUGCAGCAGCCCUGCCAGCAGCCACAACGGAGUCAGUGGAGGGGGGGAAUCAGAUGGCUGAGGGUGACAAGGACUUGUUGAUAAAGGCAUUGGCCAAGAUCGAGGAAUUGGAGAGCCGUUUAGAAACUGCUAGCAAUACCUCUGUUCGGGGGAAGGAUGAUGAGAAAGAGGAGGAAAAGGAUGAUGAUCCCAUUGUCACUCCUGACGGGCAGAAGGUUCUGGGCGCUGACGCGCUCAGAAUGAGACUCAGACGUCUCACUGAGACCAAGACGAGCGGCAAAAAAUGGGUGGACGACAAGACCCAACAGGACUACAAAGCCGGGGGAGAGCGCAGACAGUGGCUUGAAAUCGCACUUCUGGAGUCGUUGAAGAAGCACGGCACGGGCAGAGAAGCAAAUGGAAAAGUUCGGGCGGAAUUCCUUACCAGAGUGGUGGUGGUCCGUGAGCGCAUGCAGUCAAAGGAGCACGAGGUCACAGGGAAAUGGCAAACCGAAGAGAAACUCAAGUCUUCAGGAGAGUACACGACGCAAAGCAUUCGUGCCAUCGUCUCUUACUGUCGACGAUUUCCGGCCGCGCUCGUACGGAAGUGGAAAUAUGAUGAAAACACUGACGAGUUUUUUGUGGAGGAUGAAACCACUGUGAAAUGUCGGCGCUCAGACCUGACCCGACAUACGGAGUCGACUGAGAUGGACGACAAAGUCUCUCCAACGGCUCCAAGUUUGCCAAAGGGACCUGAUGAUGUCUCCGGAGAUGAGAGCCCCGAAUCGAAGCCUACGCCAGAGCAGUUGGGUCAGAAGGUCGUUCCAGACCUGGAGAAGUUCAUGGACACGCUGAACACUAAGAUGAGCAACAUCUAUGAGAUGAUUACGGUGUUGGAGGACAAGGAGAAUCCCCCACCAAUGGAUCGCUAUGCGCUGAUGGCAAGCGACCUACGUCGUAUAGUGGGGAAGUUGGAGGAAAAUUUCAAGAUCGUGGCCAAGUAUCUAACGGAGAUCAAGAUGGAUGAUCUGGACAAGAACCCAGCAGAUCCAAAGCUAAGAGAGUUUCUUUUCUGCCACAUAGGGGAAGCUGCUUUGUUUCAGACCAUCACACCUAUCUUCCAAAAAAAAGGUGGUAAUUACAAACAGUUGUGA